CCAGCGUCCCGGCCGCUCGCAUGGAGCUGUCGGCCAUCGGGGAGCAGGUGUUCGCUGUGGAGAGCAUCCGCAAGAAGCGCGUGCGGAAGGGUAAAGUAGAAUACCUGGUGAAGUGGAAAGGAUGGCCCCCAAAAUACAGCACGUGGGAGCCAGAAGAUCAUAUCUUGGACCCCCGCCUGGUUGUGGCUUACGAGGAAAAGGAAGAGAGAGACCGUGCAUCAGGGUACAGGAAAAGAGGACCCAAACCAAAGCGCCUCCUACUGCAGCGGCUGUAUGGCAUGGACUUGAGGAGCGCGCACAAGGGAAAGGAGAAGCUCUGUUUCUCCCUUGCACGGAGGUUUGGAGGAGGAGACAGUAGCCUGCCAGGGGCCAAAACAGGGCAGGCAGAGUUCUCAGAGAAGACUGGGGGAGCAGUCCUGCCAUUCUCUCUCCGGAAGCAACGCAAAAAUCAGAAGUACUUGCGACUGUCAAGGAAGAAGUUCCCUCGCAUGUCAAGCCUGGAGGGUCGAAACUGCAGGCAUGAGUUCUUCCUGAAUGAUGCAGUGGACUUAGAGGCCAGGGAGGGCCCUGAGGACUGGGAGACCAUGCAGCACACCAGCAAAGAAGCAGAUGUGGAUGGCAGUCUCCCUUGGAUUCCCACUGUGCCCCCCAGCGAAGUGACAGUGACAGACAUCACAGCAAACUCCAUUACCGUCACUUUCAGAGAAGCACAAGUGGCUGAGGGCUUCUUCCGAGACCGGAGUGCACAGUUCUGAAUCUCUGUUUUCAGUGCUCCCCCAAACCAGUGCUUUUAGGGAAGGGUUAUUUUAUUUUCCCUUAAGAAACAAAGCAACAAUCCAAAAUGUCUCCUCUUAAAAUGUUUACAAAGACCUUUCCCCCCUGUCCCCCCGCCUUCCAGAUACGCAAAAAAAGGGCAGUGUAGGGGGGGUGUGCUUGUCAUUGCUUUGUCCAUCUGAAAAACUGACAGCCCUUUCCCUGGCAAAGAUUCCCCUCCUAGAUGUAAAAGCAGCAAGCUGAACAAUUCACCUUUUAUCCUGUUAAGUGGCAGCAGCUGCAUUUGUGGGGAGAGGGCAUGUGGAGGUGGAAAGAGAGCUGGAUCUCUAGCUGCUGCCGUGUUCUGCAAUUGAUAUCCCUUGGAUAAAGAUACUUUUCUCUGCAUUGCUCUUCCCACCUUCCUCCUCCCUCUCUUCCUGCAGCAGUGAAAGGUGAUGGAUCCGACCUAUGUAGAUAACUCCAACCUGUUCAGACUUUCUCUCCAGUGCUGUUUUCCUGAUGUCAGGACUUCAGAACCAUAUUUGCCUGCCUGUGGUAAGUCAGUCUUUGCAGCAUGUAAAGCCAGCAGAGGUUCCUCCCAUUCAUUGUUGAUCGUGCAAAAAGACUGAACUGCAUCUCUGAAAUCUGGACUGGUGACAUAAAUUCAAUUUGCCCUCAUUAAAAGCUCAGAGACCCAGCACAGUCAAGACAUACUGUUCUGUAUAUGCUAAACAGGAUUUCCAGUCUUGGCUCUGCUGUGUGAGGAAUGUGUAAUGGAAAAUGGGGUGUUCUUAACCUUUGCCAAACUGAGUAUUAAUAACAAAUGCUGCCCUGGAUCAGUGGUAGUAAGUUAGUGGAAAACUGACUCCUCUCUCCUCAGAGGAGGGGCUAAUAGGACAAGUGAAGCAUUGCCUAUUUCCUGGCACUGCAAAAAUAUGCAAGAUACUGGCACAGGCCCAGGACACAGGAAUUGGAUAGAACUCAGCUAGAAAUGGACCUUGAUUAGCAGCAAAUUCUGUUCUUGAAUCCCAUUGAGAGAUCCAAGGUAAACAACAUGUGGGGAAGGCAUGUAUUAGAUCUGAGGAGUUGAAAAAAAAUUCCUAAUUCUUAGCAGUGAGGUUUCCUGGAUUGUACUGCCUGGGUAGUGUUCUUCCAUGACUGCAGUCUCCUCACAGUAUCUGUGCUCCUAUACUACUUUACUGAUGGGAACUUCCCCUUGGAAGGCUUAAAAAUCUUUGCCAAGGAAAGUGGUCUGCAUUUCAAUAGACCCUACCCGAUCUUGCACUUAAAAAUGCCUCGUGCUGGACUGCCUGUGACACUUGGAGGGUUUUGAAGAAUUGCUGUGUUUUGAGUUGGUAGUUCAGCAUAGCAUCUGUUCUUGCAUGUUCUCUUCGUU